CAGGUUACGGCCCUGAAGAUUCCUCACAUGCUUGGCAGGGUUUUUUGUUUUUUAAAAAAUAUAUAUACAUUCAACUUCCAACUAAAGUGAUAGGUGUAUUUCACAGUGACAACUGGCUUGUUGUUUUUUAUGGGAUUAGGCACCUUGUAACAAAAAUGUAUUGUUAUCGUUAGCAACCUGUAUGUUUUUUGCUGUCUGUUGCAAUCUGUCUCUGCAUCACAGGAGAGAAUUUAGCAGAGACUAGAGUACAAAAAUAUGCCAGUGGAUUUUAACUGAACUGGUAUUUGUGCAAGGUGAACUCCCUCUUCUGCACCUCCUUUCUCCUCCCUGAAUGAGUCAGCCUCUGGUAGAGAAGCCUCCAAGCUGUUAAGACUCUCAGAUGGAGGACGAUCCUGCUCUUCUGUAAACUGAACUGCGUAACAGAGACCACUGGGUGCCGGGUUCUGGACCUUUUCAUUCAUGGUUUGAAGAGUGCACCGUAAAGAAAACACCUCUGAACAAAAUGACAACCUUCACUGUAGGAAAAUCAGCCCCUAACAAAAGUGAUACGAAGAAUGCUUCCAUUGCAAUGAAGAGUAGACAACAAGUUAUUAAUGAGGUCAACAAGAAGAGGACUCUGUUACAAGAUAACAGCUGGAUAAAGAAAAGACCCGAGGAGGAAAACGCUGAUGAAAACUAUGGCAGAGUGGUCCUUAAUCAAUACAAAUCACAAGAUGGUUUACACAGGAGCACCGAUGAAAAGGAUGAUCAAAAAGCUUUGCUUAGCCGAUAUAGAUCCGAUACAACUUUAGACAGGAUUCCUGGCAACAGUGAUGCUGACAAAGCAAAUAAGCUUUCCACCAUGGAUGGCAAGCCAAGUAGCAGGAAGGAGCUGGAUGCAUCUAUCAACACUGGCAACGCCACAUCGCCUGUGAAGAAGAAAAGGCAGUCAUGGAUGCCUCCCCCAGUCUCCAGUCAGAAGGUCACCGUAGACGAUGAACAACACAAAAGGCAUUCCUGGGCCUCACAAAAUACAACUACAGCUGUAGCCACCAAUAACAAACCAGUUUCAACUACUUCAAACAAAAGAGGAGGACCAAAGAUGACUAUCUAUUCAUCGGAACCAAUUACAUCUCCAAAGUCAAAUGCUGCCGUGAGCGAUCCAGCCAGAACUAGGCAGAUAGCCCCAGCAAAACCCAGUGAAUCAGAUGCUAACAAAACCAUGACAAAAGAGAGAGCUGGGAGAGGCCAAGAACUGAAUGAUCUCAUUGAUGUCAAAACCAAAGGCAAUAAGAGUAACCAGGGUCAGGAGCUGGACAAUCUCAUCCAAGUCAAAACUAAAAGUGAUAAAGGUGAUAAAGGACACCAAGAUCUUGAUGAUUUUAUCAAAGUGAACCGUACAUCUAAUGGACAUGCCAAGGGAGGAAGAGACCUAGAUGACCUCAUCUCUGUAAAUGACACUGCACAGAAAAACAAAAGGAGCCAAGAACUAGAUGAUCUCAUUGUAGUAAAAUCCUCUCCUGAGGAUCAAAACAAAAAGAGGGCACCAGAGCAGGACCAUGAAUCUGCCAGUAUUCCAGGUGGUCCGUCAGAAAUGAACCAUUUAUACCAGGACACAAGAGGAUCCAGCUGUAUUGCCUCAAGCAGUUACUCAAGUCCAAAGGACACAAUUGUGUACACAAGGACAUAUGAGAAUAGCAGAUUUCCCCAUGAUGCUUAUGAAGACAACAUCCCUGGAAAAUCUAUCAAAACUGUUUACUCUACUUCUGAUAGGGCCGUUAUUGAAAAAGAAAUGUGCACUUACUGCCGGAAGCCCUUGGGCACAGACACAAAGAUGAUUCUUGAUGCCUUGCAGAUUUGCUGUCAUGCAACUUGCUUCAAGUGCGAAAUCUGCAAAGCACCUUUGGAAAACGUGAAGGCGGGAGAUAGCAUUUGGAUUUACAAGAACACGGUGCAUUGUGAACCAUGCUAUUCCAGAGUUAAAUCAUCAUGGGCCUACUAAUUUUGACUGAAGACAGUUCAGGUCGAUGGAUCAGCUGCAUGCGUUUAUCUUUGAAAAUCAUAUGCUUUUUUAGGAUGAGUAAAGAACUCCAAGAAUAAUAAAAAAUGGUAGACAUUUGAAGAUGUGAAAAAUGAAACUAUAACCCUACUUCUAAAAAGAAGGAAGCUCAUGGUGGCUUCUGCCUAGAAUAUGUGUGUGUGCAUUAUCAGUAAGAAAACUACGUCUAAGACUGCAGUCCUCUGUCUGCUUACUUAGGAGUGAGUCUCAGUGAAAACAGUACAACUUAUUUUUCUGAGUAAACACGCAUAGGAUUGUAGUGAAAGUGUAUCUUGGCUAUUCUUGACUGCAGUUCCACUGGUUCCUGUUCAUUCUGAAACAAUUCACAUACCCGUGCUUAUAAUCCGAAUACUUGUGUCUGUAAAUGAGUCAUUAUAGAUCUAAGACAACAUCUCAGCUCAGUGGGUCCAGUCCAAAUAACUUUGAGUUGUGUUUUAAGUCCCACGGGAAUCAGUGGGUCAGAACCGAAAUCAUGAGACAGUUACCACAUAAGGGCUUCCUCCCUUUCAUCAUUUUAAUGCUACACUGGAAAUAAGAGGAUCAGCACUAGGUGAGGCAGAAGGUACAAUAUUGUUUGGCUAUCUGUGUGUGAGUGGCACUCAUUCAAUUGUGUCCAAAGCCAAAGCCAACCAUCUUAUUCGGCCUAAUGGCAACGUGGACAGGUCUGCAUGUUGACCUUCUGCAGUUCCCAGGCAAUUAAAAGAAACGCAAAUAAAGCAAUGAUGGAUUGAUCAUGGGACAGACUGGGGGCAUCCACAGAAUUUUACCAUGCAACCACAUCCUCUCCCCAGAUACACAGAGGAGCAGACAGUGGUCAUGUCAACACAGUCUGCAGCAUCACAAGCUAGAUCAGGGGUUAGUAAAAUAUUUUCUUUCCAGGGCCACAGUUGCUCAGAGGUAAUCUGUCAGGGGGCGGGGGGAGGCCACAUUCCUGCAGUGAGCAUGGACAGAACCAAUGAUGGGCAGAGAGAGACAAAAAUGUCCUGGGUUAACUAAUCAAGAAUAAAGACUGCUCUGCUUCUGUGGCUGUCUCAGAAUUCCCAAUCCUAUUCCGCUCUACUCAGAAGUAAGCUCCACUGAGUUUGAUGGGGUUACUUUCAAAUGAGUACAGAAAUUUAUUAUUAUUAUUAUUCAACACAGUAAUUGAUACAGCUCCUAUUCUGGAAAGCAAGUGCUCAGCAGGGAAGGGGAGCUCUUUUCCUUAAGCCACACAACCAGGACAAACCUUUUUUUUAAGGCAUCAAUUUAUUCUUAGCCAAUUAUUUUCCCCUUCCAAUUGUACUGAACCUGCAAUGAAAGGAAUCUGGAGGAAAUGCUUUUUUAAAAAAUCAGGGAAAGUAAGAAGGAAACAAACAAACAGGAAAUAAAUCUAGUGGGAUGGCAGAAAGAGGUCAAUUUCAGGAAGUGAUGGAGUGCACAAAAUGAGGUUGAGGGUUGUAGGUUGCUCACCCCUGGGAUAGAGGUCUUCCGGCAAUCACUGGGCUGAGUAGGCAAUGAAUGAGUUAUGCUUUAGGCAGGACCUCUGCAUGGCAGCUGAAAUAAAUGCUAAGGUGAGCUAAGGUGGCGAUUGUGAGAGAAGCAGCAGCAGGGACUGGACACCCUGGUGGAUACAUACAUAUAUUUGGCUUGGAAAGUUUCAGCCCAUCUCCAUUAAAAUCUAAUGCAGAUACAAUGAUCCUGCAAACACUCAUCCUCCACAUAUGAGAGAUAAAUAUUCUAAGGAUUGGGA